AGUUACGCGCGGGGUGAAUGGUCCGGCAAUAAGAGAAAGAUCGGGUUUAUUGCAUUCAAGUGCGACCGAGGAGUAGAAUGCUGUAAAUUACGCGCCUUACGGUGGUGUGAGUGAACGGGUGCGUCUAAAAAUAUACGCAAGGUGCAGGAAGUAUCAAUAGCAUCAUCAUCAGCGGCUGCCAAAGAAGCUCCUUCGCCUUCGCACGCAAGAGUGGCAGCAGUAAUUGUGUUUGUGUUGAGAAUUAUCGUAAAGUUUCCAUGUGUUGUGUAUUGCAUUGAAGUAAACGACCGAUGCCGAUGGUGUGUGUGGUAAAUCAACACAAAAGUGUGUGAAGUGUAAUAAAGUUAAGAGCCAUUCAGUGGAGUGUAUAAAGCAGAGGCUUUAGGAAAUUCGUUUAUGCAAAAUGGGAAAAAUGUGUUUCAACUUAGGCUCUAUUGUUCUGCUGCUGGGUUACGCAAAUUUGGGAUUAUCAAUCCAGCAGCAGGACUCGUUUGGAGUUGCCCAUGAGAUUUCCAGCAUUAGCGCGGAUGAUAUGCAGCAUCACAAUCGAUGUGAACCGAUUACCAUUCCGUUUUGCAAUGAUAUUCAAUACAACAAAACCAUUAUGCCAAAUCUAAUUGGCCACACGAAGCAAGAAGAGGCUGCAUUGGAAGUACACCAGUUCAUACCACUUGUUAAAAUUGACUGCAGUCCGGAUCUGAAGUUUUUCCUGUGCACGCUGUAUGCACCUGUUUGCACGAUCCUUAACUUCCCUAUACCGCCCUGUCGCAGCCUGUGCGAAAGUGCUCGCGUUUGUGAAACGAUUAUGAGAACUUUUGACUUUCAAUGGCCGGAAAAUCUAGAGUGCAGCAAGUUUCCUGAAGACGGCAAGGAGUUGUGCGUUUCACAAAAUAACUCGUCAGAAAGUACUCCGAUGCCGACGAGUUCCAUGCAUGCGACGAAGCCGCACGUUCCGCGCAAGAAUGUCCCCUCCGGGUCUGUUGCGAAUAUCGGCGGCAGCCACCGAGAUCUAGGAUUCAUAUGCCCGGUUCAGCUGAAAGCACCUACAAUCAUGGGUUACCAGCUGACGGUCGGCGGAAAGGUCACCAAGGACUGUGGAGCACCAUGCAACUCUAUGUUCUUCUCAGAAAACGAACGUACCGUGCUCAAGUACUGGGUCGGUUCGUGGGCUGCGGUGUGCGUUGCCAGCUGUCUCUUCACGGUGCUGACCUUCAUGAUCGACUCUUCGCGUUUCCGCUACCCGGAGCGGCCGAUUGUAUUCCUGGCAAUUUGCUACCUAAUUGUCGGCUGCGCCUACGUUGCCGGACUCGGAGCCGGUGACACGGUGGCCUGCCGGGAACCGUUCCAGCCGCACAUCAAACUCGGACGGAUGCACAUGCUGUCGACGAUCACUCAGGGUCACCGCCAGUCGACGUCCUGUACUGUGCUGUUUAUGGCUUUGUACUUCUGCUGUAUGGCCGCCUUCGCCUGGUGGGCCUGCCUGGCGUUGGCCUGGUUCCUGGCAGCCGGGCUCAAGUGGGGCCACGAGGCGAUCGAAAGUCGGUCCCAUCUGUUCCAUCUGGUGGCGUGGGCGAUACCGGCGGUACAGACCAUCUUUGUGUUGGCGCUCGGGAAAGUUGAAGGUGACGUCCUGUCCGGAGUUUGCUUUGUGGGCCAGCUGGACACACACUCGUUGGCGGUGUUCCUUCUGAUUCCGCUGUGCAUCUAUCUGUCAAUCGGAGCCCUGUUUCUGCUGGCCGGUUUCAUCUCGCUGUUCCGUAUCCGUACGGUCAUGAAGCACGACGGCACCCGGACGGAUAAGCUGGAACGCCUGAUGCUACGGAUCGGAUUUUUCAGCGGUCUAUUUAUCCUGCCAGCGCUCGGCUAUUUGGGCUGUCUGUUCUACGAGUACUACAACUUCGACGAGUGGAUGGUCCAGUGGAACCGCCAGAUGUGCAAGAUAUUCUCCAUUCCCUGUCCGAUCAGUGCCAAGCACGUCGUACCGCCGCCGGUCGGUCCGGACGAGGAACGGCCCAUCUUCCACAUCUACAUGGUGAAGUACGUGUGCUCGAUGCUGGUCGGGGUCACUUCCAGUGUUUGGCUGUGGUCUGGCAAAACGGUCAUCAGCUGGCGGCAGUUUGCCGAACGGCUGCAGGGAAAGGACACGAGAAACCGGGGAGCGUACGUCUAG